UUAUUUAUUAUUAGAAUAUGAAAAUGAAAAUUUUGAUAUAAAAGUUGAUAAUAAUUAUGAUUUAAAUAUAAAAAAAAUUCGAUUAAUAUUUCAACAAUUAUUAUUAAAUAUAAUAAAUAAAAGCGAAUCAAUUAAAACUAUAAGAAGAUUUCAUUAUGGAAUUCAAACGAAAGAACUUGAUAUUAUAGAAGAAGAGAUUAAUAAUAUUCCCUAUUUACCUGGAGCAAAUAAAAAUUUAAAAGAAUUAUAUGGUAUUCAUAUUACCAGUAAAUUAAAUUUUACAAAAUUUCAAAUCGGUUUAUUAAAAAUUUGUAAAAAUAUCACAUUAAUUAAAAUUAAUUGUGAAAACAUGGAAUCAUCUCGUUCAUUGGCUUCUUUAAUUAGAGAACAAAAGAAGUUGAUCGUUUUAAUUAUCGAAUUUUCUGAGGAUGAUAUAUUCGUACCUAUAUUAGAAGCACUUGAAAAUCAUAAAGAAUCACUCGAAUAUCUUUCAAUUAAAAAUUGUAAUUUUAAUAUUAUAAGUAAUAAGGCAUUAAAAAUAUUAAAAUCAUGUAGUAAAUUAGAAAUUCUAGGAUUAAAUCAUUGUACUGGAUUAGAUAAUAAGGGAUUAUUAUCAUUAUCAACAUCAUUCCCUUUAUUAAGAAGAUUUACGUUUAAUUUUAAAAAAUAUUAUUUAUUAGAUAAAUUUUUAGUCGGAAUUAUUAAAACAGCCAAUAGAAAUUUACGUAAGAUAACUUUGGAUUAUUUUACAUCGAAAAUUAUUGAAGCAAUAUUAAAAUAUGCGACAGAUUUUAAUUCUUGUGAACUUGGUCCAAGUGAAUUUUCAUCUAUUGAAAUAUUAAACAAACGAUAUAUAGAUUUUACAUCAAAAUUACGAAAUCGAAAUUACAAUAACGAUAAUAAUAAUGAGGUUCAUGUUUAUCAUAAAAAUUUGAACUUUUUGGAAUCUAUGUAAUUAAAGUAUUUAAAAAUAUACAUAAUAUAAAUUAAGAUAAUAUAUAUAGACAAUAACG